CCCCCCGUCUCUCUCCCCAUCCUCCUUUCUUCUUUCCUUCUUUCCUUCUUUUCUCUUUCUUCUUUCUUCUUUCUUCUCCUCGUCCAGCUCCUUCUCCUUCCUCUCUUCUUCUCUCCUUCACCGCUGACCAUUGCCUCCCCGAGAACUUCUUGACCCAGGAACUUCCAACAGCCAAAUCCAAGUCAUGCGUGGCUCAUCCUACUUCAAGCGGCCAGCAGAGUACUACCGCAGGACUCAAUGGACCUAUCCUGAUACCCUCCGCAUUCGUGGAUCCGUCAUUCCUUCAGUACUCACGGAUGUGGUUAUUAUCACCUCGUUCAGUGCCACCAUCUUGGCCAUCGAAAAGUUCAACUGGCUGGAGCGCUCCCUCAAUGUCCCCAAUAUGAUUGUGCCUGCACUGUCCGUGGUCGUCGGUUUGAUUCUGGCCUUCCGUACCAACACUGCCUAUGAUCGUUACUGGGAGGGUCGUAAGCUGUGGGCGAGUCUCGAUGUCCAGAUCCGCAACUUCUCACGUAUGAUCUGGGUCGGCAUGAAGGACACCCCCCACAGCGCCACCGAUGGCGGCGUUGCCGGAUCCCGUGGGUCAGUCCGCGUCUAUGCUCAUCAGCUCUUUGGUCGCAACAAUAGCAGUAGCUCCAUGAAGAGCGUUGCUAAGAACGGUGCCCUCGCCACCACCACUACCAACGCCAGCAAUAGUACCGUCCGUGGCGAAAGUGUCUCCCACUCGACCUUGAUUGAUCUCGACUCGGAUAUCCACCACGAGGAUGUCCACGAGAAGGUUCUUGUCAUCCGUCUGCUUUUGGCCUUUGCUGUUUCAGUGAAGCACCAUCUCCGCCAAGAGUUCGGUAUCCGCUACUAUGAUCUCGAGAAGCUCUUGCCUGAGGGCUACGAACCCUGCGCUGCGACCGAUCAUGUGGAUACCAAGGCUCAACACGACAAGGCCCUUGGUGAUCGUCAGCGCCUCUACAACGAGGAGUCCUGGAACAUCCAUGUCGGUAACGAGGAUGGUCAGAUGUCGCUUCCUCUCGAGAUUGCUCACGGAUUGUCGCUGUGGGUCAUUGCCGAGGCGCGUCAAAGCAGGAUUGAGAGCGCAUUGAUUGGAAACUUGUUGGGAUCGAUCAACUCUAUGACCGACAUCUUUACCAACAUGGAGCGCAUUGUCUUUACGCCUAUUCCUCUGGCCUACUCCAUUCACUUGCGUCAGGUCGUUUACUUGUACUGCUUGGCCUUGCCCUUCACGUUCAUCGCUGCUCUUGGUUGGUUGACUGUCCCGUUGAUGUGCUUGGUCUCGUUCACGCUCUUUGGAAUGGAGGCCAUCGGCAGAGAGAUCGAGAACCCUUUCGGAAAGGAUGCCAACGAUCUGCACAUGGACGAGUUCUGCAGAGACUUGAAGCGCGAGCUCGACUAUACUGUCAACCUCAAGAAUUUUGUUCCCGGUGCCCAUGCCUAAAAUGGCGUAAAGCACUCAAUUGGUGGUCCGCGCUGCCGAUUCAGUUUCUGUUUUUGAAUUAGCAAUAUUGCAAUGUUGCACUGUGAAUAUUAAAAAAAAAAAAAGUUGCUGUUU